AUGUCUAAGCAAGAGCCCAUCGACCAGGUCAAAUUCCUCGUGUCCUGCAUUGGACAUACCAGCAACGGCCGACCUGACUUCCAGGCCGUCGCCGAUGAGCUGGACAUCGUCACCAAGGCCGCUGCUCAGAAGCGAUACGAGCGCAUGCUCAAGGCCCAUGGUAUCUCUCGCCCUGGUGCUCUCGCCAUUGCCAACAACGGAGAUGGAAAGAACGACACCCCUCCUGCUACUCCUACUACUCCCAGCAAGCGCAAGGCCAAGGGUGAGACCGCUGGCAGUGCCAAAAAGCCCCGAACUCCUCGAGCCAAGGCCAAGAAGGAGUCUGAUGACGACGAGGAGCCCAAGCCCAAGCCCAAGGCUUCCGCUACCAAGCGUAAGGUCAAGAAGGAGGAGGAAGAGCCAAAGGAGGAACCGGACGAGGCUGCUGCUGAGUCUACCAACUCUCUCUCUGACGCUCCCACCUCUGAUGAGUCCUAA